AUUUGAAGUGCCGCCAUUGAUGGAAGUUUCAACAAGCUCUGGAUUUUGGAUCCCGGUUUGGUUCUCUGAGUUGUGAUUGUUGCUUCGCUUUCUUCUCAGCAGAGACACGUAGCUUUUGCAGGGACAUGAACGGAACCAAAAAGAAGCUAAUACCAUAAAAUCUAUGCCUUACCUCUGCAAACAAAAAGCCAUCUUUUUUCCUGAACUUGCUCAACUUCUAAUCAUUCCCGUUGUCUGAACCUCAUAUACAUACAUAUAUAUAUAUAUAUAUGCUUUCCCUCUGUUUCAUCCUUCCUUGACAUCACAUCUGAAACACUGGAAAACAGAGUAAAAAGGCAGCUUGUCCAUGAAACCAUACCUUGCUUCAACCAAAACAAAAAAAAAACUUUUUUUUUUGGUGUUGCUUAAUCGGAACAACAUUCUUUGCUUCGUCACUGGGUUUACUCUCGUCUCCUAAGAUAUUCCUCUUUUAACCUCUCUUGGUCCCCAAGAAAGAAAACCCACACUCUCCACCAUGAGAAAGAACACCAAACUGGUCGUGGAAGUGGUCGAUGCCCAAAAUCUUAUGCCCAGAGAUGGCGAAGGUUCGGCUAGUCCCUUUGUCGAGGUCGAUUUCCUUAACCAGUUGAGCAGAACCAGAACCAUUCCCAAAACCCUUCACCCUGUCUGGAACCAGACACUCUCUUUUGAUUACGACCAAACACGAGACUAUUCCCAUCAUUCCAUCCAAGUGUCGGUUUACCACGAGAGAAGGCCGGUUCCUGGAAGGAGCUUCCUCGGUAGAGUGAGAGUUUCUUGCUCAAACUUCGUCAAGAAAGGCGAGGAAGUGUAUCAGAGGUUUCCAUUGGAGAAGAAGUGGCUCUUCUCUUCUGCUAAAGGCGAGAUUGGCCUCAAGCUGUACGUUUCGCCCCAAGAACCUGACCAAUCCACUAAAGAAAACACUCCUCUGGAUAUCAAAACGUUUUCUGCUGUUGGGUCUGAAGCAGAAGAUUCCGAGGAAGACUCUUUCAAGGAUACUGCCUCGGUAGAAGACGAAGUUCUUGCUGAUUUUGCCACAGAGUCUGCAAAAGGCGAAGAAGAUUCAGAAGGAAGGAAGGAGGCAGUUCAAGCACUGCAUAAACAAGAAGUUCUUCCACAGCCAGCAACGAUGCAUUCCAUUCGCUUGCGAUCUCGUGUCCCUACUACCCGUAUGCACCCUCACGACACCAACCUUCAAUCCCGUGACGCUGACCGUUUCUACGCUCGUGAUGCCAAUCUUAUACAUCGUGAUGCUAACCAUCCACCAUCUGGAGAGACUGACCCAGAAGCCUAUGAGGUGAAAGACAUGAGCCCCGAGCUCGGAGAGAGAUGGCCAAACCCUAAUGCUGGAGGAGGAUGGAUGAACGGUAGAGAAAGAUUUACAACCUCGCACGAUCUUGUGGAACAGAUGUUUUAUCUGUAUGUUCGAGUCGUGAGGGCCAAGGAUCUUCCACCGGGUUUGAUGACUGGAGGGUGUGAUCCUUAUGUGGAGGUGAAGCUAGGAAAUUACAAGGGAAGAACCAAGCAUUUUGACAGGAAGGCCACUCCUGAGUGGAACCAAGUUUUUGCUUUCUCCAAGGAACGGAUUCAAUCAUCGGUUCUUGAGGUUUUUGUGAAGGGCAAAGAAACGUUAGGCCGAGAUGAUUACCUCGGAAGAGUGAUGUUUGAUCUGAAUGAAAUCCCGAAAAGGGUUCCACCAGAUAGCCCUUUAGCCCCUCAGUGGUACAGAUUGGAGGAUAGGAGAGGAGAAGGCAAAGUACGAGGAGAGAUCAUGCUUGCUGUCUGGAUGGGAACACAAGCCGAUGAAGCCUUCUCGGAAGCAUGGCAUGCAGAUUCUGCUUCUGUAUACGGAGAAGGCGUGUUCAAUGUCAGAUCAAAGGUAUACGUCUCUCCAAAGCUGUGGUACCUAAGGGUCAAUAUCAUCGAAGCUCAAGAUGUGAUCCCGAAUGACAAGAACCGACUUCCAGACGUUUUUGUCAAAGCCAAUGUUGGAACCCAAACACUCAAAACCAAGAUCUGUCCCAUCAAGACGAUAAAUCCACUCUGGAACGAGGAUCUUGUCUUCGUUGUAGCAGAACCUUUUGAAGAACAGUUACUCAUCACCAUCGAAGACAACGUCCACCCAUCCAAAGACGAAGUACUUGGCAAGAUUAGCUUGCCAAUGAACAUAUUCGAGAAGAGAUUAGACCACCGUCCAGUGCAAUCCCGCUGGUUCAAUCUCGAGAAGUACGGUUUCGGAGCCUUGGAGCCUGACAGGAGGAAAGAACUGAAGUUCUCGAGCCGGAUUCACCUCAGAGUCUGUCUGGAAGGAGGCUACCAUGUCAUGGACGAGUCGACAAUGUACAUAAGCGACACAAGACCGACAGCAAGACAGCUCUGGAAGCAGCCUGUAGGUAUCCUAGAGGUCGGGAUUCUGGGAGCGAAAGGGCUUCUGCCGAUGAAGGUGAAAGAUGGGAGGGGAAGCACGGACGCGUAUUGCGUGGCGAAAUACGGGCAAAAGUGGGUGAGAACCAGAACCAUUCUCGACACAUUGAGCCCCAGAUGGAACGAGCAGUACACAUGGGAGGUGUAUGAUCCUUGCACUGUCAUCACCCUCGGAGUUUUCGAUAAUUGCCAUUUGGGUUCUUCUCAGACGGGGAAUGGAGCUUCUAGAGAUGCAAGAAUCGGAAAGGUUCGAAUCAGAUUAUCAACUCUAGAAGCUCACAAGAUCUACACACAUUCCUUUCCGCUUCUUGUUCUUCAACCGCACGGCCUCAAGAAAACCGGAGAAGUCCAGAUCUCGAUCCGUUUCACCACGUUAUCAUUGGCCAACAUCGUCUACAUCUACAGCCACUCACUUCUCCCCAAAAUGCACUAUCUUCACCCUUUCACCAUCAACCAAGUCGACAGUCUCAGAUACCAAGCCAUGAACAUCGUGGCCACACGCCUUGGCAGAGCCGAGCCACCACUAAGAAAAGAGAUCGUCGAGUACAUGCUGGAUGUUGAUUCUCACCUGUGGAGCAUGAGAAGAAGCAAAGCUAACUUCUUCCGCAUCAUGUCCCUUCUCUCUGGUUCGAUCUCUGUCGGAAACUGGCUCCGAGAUGUCUGUAACUGGAGAAACCCGGUUACUUCCAUCCUCGUCCAUGUCCUGUUUCUGAUUCUUGUCAUGUACCCUGAACUCAUCUUGCCGACGAUGUUACUCUAUAUGUUCUUCAUCGGCUUGUGGAACUUCAGGACCAGGCCGAGAUACCCACCUCACAUGGACACCAAGCUCUCUUGGGCUGAAGCCAUUGGACCUGAUGAGCUCGACGAAGAGUUCGACACAUUCCCGACAUCUCGGUCACCGGAUCUGGUCAGGAUGAGGUAUGACCGGCUGAGGAGUGUUGCGGGUCGAAUCCAAACCGUGGUAGGCGACAUCGCUACACAAGGGGAGAGGAUCCAGUCCUUGCUGAGCUGGCGAGACCCGAGGGCCACAAGCCUCUUCAUCUUGUUCUGCCUGUCCGGUUCGGUCAUACUGUACGCUACGCCGUUCAGAGUGGUGGCUCUGGUGGGUGGGUUGUAUUAUCUCAGGCAUCCCAAGUUCAGGAGCAAGCUGCCUUGUGUGCCAAGCAACUUCUUCAAGAGAUUGCCGACUCGUUCAGACAGUCUCCUGUAAAACACCAAAACGCUGACAGACAGAAACAUGUUUCCUUGUGAAAGUAAAAUAAUAAAAAUGAGAUUAUGUAACACAAAAGAUUAACACUUUUUUUUUGUAUUGUUUUCAAUCAUUUCCCCACCAAUAAAUGGGUUGAAGGAUCCAUCUUUAUAUUCUCUUAUGUUCGGUUCAAUUUCACGUUUGUAAUUUUCUAGCAAAAGAUAGUGCACUUCAAAACUUCGAUCCUGUUCAGAUCCACAUGUAUA